UUAGGCAGAUUAUGGGCCCAGUUGCGUUUGAAUCCCGACUUUGUGGUUGUGUGUCUCAUGUUAGUUAAUAUUUUUUAUUAAUUGAGGGUUUUGCUAAAUGAAUGGCAGCGCGGCCAGAGGCGACUUAUCAGGCUAAAGCUAACAGCCGCCGGAGGGUUAACCUGAGUUCACGUGUUGUAGGCUAUGAGUGUGUGUGAUGGAGGACAGUCAUUGUGGGGAAUUGGACUACCUGAUCCAAGAUGAGGACACCCUCAUUGAGGGGAUCAGCAACCAGGUGCUGUUUGUCGUCAUAGUCAGUGUCACCUUCCUGGGAGGCCUGCUGACUCUGCUCUGCAGAGAAGACCAGCAGAACAUUCACCCCGAGAACCAGGAGCACGUUCGAGCCGUCCGCCAGCAGCUCCAGACAGAGCAGGAUGACAGCCCUCAGUCGGAGGCGCGGCAGCAGUACUACACAGACAUGUCGUGCCCCGUGUGUUUGCAGCAGGCCGUUCUGCCCGUGGAGACCAACUGUGGACACCUCUUCUGCGGUUCCUGUAUUAUAGCCUAUUGGAGGUAUGGCACUUGGCUGGGAGCUAUUAACUGCCCCAUCUGCAGACAAAUGGUGACGUUGCUCUUCCCCCUCUUCCAUGAGCAUGCCUCACCUCAGAGGGUCCAGGACGGCGAGGCAGAGCCCCAGCUAAUCCUGAGAGACAUCAACGACUACAACCGCAGGUUCUCGGGGCAGCCAAGAUCUCUGAUGGACAGGCUGCGAGACGUGCCCACCCUGCUCCGUCACGCCUUCCGGGAGAUGUUUUCGGUGGGCGGCCUGUUCUGGAUGUUCAGGAUCCGGAUUCUCCUCUGCCUCGUCGGUGCCAUCACCUACCUCGCGUCGCCGCUCGACUUCAUCCCCGAGGCUCUUUUUGGCCUCCUGGGAUUCAUGGACGACUUCUUCGUGAUCCUCCUGCUCUUCAUCUACAUCUCCAUCAUGUAUCGCGAGGUGGUCACGCAGAGACUCAACGGCUAGGACUCUGGUUUGCUCAUAUCAGGCAACGAAACUCCGGGAGAGAGUGAGUUCUGCAAUAUGAGGUGUAGAUGCUUCAUGGACUCUGAGGAACCGAUGGACCGCUGCUCAUUCAUGUCUUUUUCCUCCAGUGGGUGUGCUUAGCGGACUGAGUAAUCAUUUUAUCACUUAAGUGUGGUUAGCAGAAGACUUUGAUUCACAAGUGUUGACUUUGUACAUAGAAUUCACUGCUAACGGUGCAUCAUUUGAAUCAAGGCAGUGCCAAUGCUAAGAGACUACAGGACAUUGAGGAGGAAUGUGUUGGGACCUGGCGUUUGAAUUUCCACUUUGUACCGACAUCACAGUAAAGCCAUAUUCAUCCUUUUGGCCCGUUGGCUACUAGUCUCUCUUCACAGCCUGACAUACAGUAUACACCCAGUUUAACUGUCUGAGCUUUACAUAUUGAAUUCUGACAAUGGAUAAAUAAAUAAAUAAAUAAAAUGUGACGUAUUAAAAUUUGAGCUAACGUGUAGUCUAUGUAGGGACAGUGACUAAAAUGUAACUGUAUCCCUAAAGCUGGACUGACUGGGGUCCUGUGUUAAAUGUGCAUUCAUCAAAAGGGACAGAUUUGUGUAUUAUUAUUAUUAUUAUUAUUAUUAUUAUUAUAGUGUUUUCACUUCUCUAGAGCUAUAGUUAAGGAUGCACAAUGUUGGAUUUUUUGCUGAUAUCCGAUAUGCCGAUAUUUUCCAACUCUUGGCCGAUGCCAAUAUCGAUUAAAUGCACAGAUGUAUUUUCCACCUCACUGAAGAGAACAUCAGAUCUCUCCUGUAGUAGAGUUAACAUGAUUAUUAUAUUAUACCUUCUCUUAUCGUGAUGGCCCCCAGGCAGAUUCAGACAUAAAAUACAAUGCUUUUCAAAAUGCACACAUUCAUAAGAGCACAACUUCAGCUUAGGCUGUGAAAAAAAUCCUGCCAUUAUUUAUUUCUGUUUUUCUCUCAAACAAAUCUGUAAGGCUUGGAUGACGCUCUUCCUUGAGAAAAUCCUGACCACAGCCACAACCAGGACAAAUUUGACCUAUUUCACAAGUUGCAAAUAAAGAAAUCGUAACCUCUAAGUUGUUCACGAGGAUCAUGUAAAAGCGCUUUUCAUUUAGGGCAGAUACUUCAUUUUGAUAUUCCAUUUCCAAGGCUUUAUCGGCUGAUAGCGAUGAUGUGCCGACAUUAUCAUGCAUCCCUAACUAUAAUAUAACAUCAGCUAUAUGACGUCAGCCAGGAAGGCCUGUUGCACUAAGGUUGUUCCUUGCCACACACACACACACACACACACAUACAUAAAAGUUACUUGGGGCUACACGGCCAACAACAAUGCCCUGCAAAGGUUAUUGAUGCGCUGUGCUGCUGAAUGCAUAUUUAAAUUGAAAACAACUUGAUACACACUGCUGUUUUUCAUGCUGCCUGUUGCAUUUAUUGACAAAUCUGUUCAAUCUCUGCAUGCACCUGUGGCUGUCCGCUAAGGCUGCACAGAACAGCAUGUUGUUGUUUUGUUUUUUUUUUUGAAAAUUAAAAAAAAAAAGAAAAAAGAAAAGCACCUCUAGUCGGGGCCUGUUGUGGAAGUGGCAUAAAAAGAUGAAGAAACCAAAGGCAAAGAGGAGUCAUCAUCAGCUGUGUUGAAUGUAGAGCAGCUCAGGUUAUGAAUGUUCACUAAUUAACUUGAGGGUGUGUGUACCUUAGCACUCUGAAAAAUACAGUGUGUUCAAAUAGGAGCUUUCAUAAAUGAUCCUAACACAUCUCAAAGUCGCACGCGCACCCAAAAAAAAUCUGGAACUGCUGUGUCUUACACUUUGUCAUCGGCUUGUGAGGUAAUCAACCGAAAAUCUGAAAUCAGCUGUAAAUUUAACAAACUCUCUAUGUUGCACUUGAUUUAGUUUAAUGAUGAACAGCUGCAGUGUUUUGUAAAUACGUGUACAAUACUUGGUUCUUUUCUGCUGCUUAUACUUAUCACACCAAAACAGGUUUUCUGAGGAAGACGUGCACAGCCAUUACAUCUCAAUAAAUUUACAGGAAAACUCUU